UGAUACAUGAGGGGUUCGAGGGCCCUGCUCCUUGGAACUUACAAUCUAGGAGGGAGGGGAUAGUGGUACAGGAGGAAAUAGCUGUGGGGGAUGGAGUGGUUGGAACUGUGGCGGACUGACAACUCAUGGGGCCCCCAGGCAAUAGGGGAUCAUGGGGCCCCUGUGUCCUUGCCCACACUCAAAGCACACCCAAAAAAGCCUAUAAAAGGUACCAGGAGCAUCUCAUGGGGCCCCCUACUGACCCCGGGCCCUCGGGCAGUGCCCGAGUUUCCAAAU